AUACAUAAAAGAAUACAUACUGGAGAGAAACCAUAUAAAUGUAAUCAAUGUGGUGAAGUAAGUAUAUGUCUCAUUAGUCUUCAAAGACAUAAAGGAACACAUAAUGGAGAGAAACCCUAUGAAUGUAAUAGAUGUCGUAAAGCCUUUGAAUAUGCCAGUAAUCUGCAAGUACAAGAGAGAACACAUAACAGAGAGAAGCCCUACAAGUGUGAUCAAUGUGAUAAAGACUUUUCAAUACAGAUUACACUUCAAAUACAUAAAAGAAUACAUGCUGGGGAGAAACCCUACAAAUGUAAUCAAUGUGAUAAAGCCUUUUUACUAUGCACUCUUCUCCAAAGACAUAAAAGAACACAUACUGGAGAGAAACCCUACAAAUGCAAUCAAUGUGAUAAAGCAUUUUCACGCGCCAGCCAUCUCCAAAGACAUAAAAGAACACAUACUGGAGAGAAACCCUACAAAUGUAAUCAAUGUGGUAAAGUUUUUUCACAAAACUUUAAUCUCCAAGUACAUAAAAGAACACAUUCUGGGGAAAAACCCUACAAAUGUAAUCAAUGUGAUAAAGCGUUUUCACGAGUCAGUCAUCUCCAAAUACAUGAAAGAACACAUACUGGAGAGAAACCCUACAAAUGUAAUCAAUGUGGUAAAGUCUUUUCACAAAACUUUAAUCUCCAAGUACAUAAAACAACACAUUCUGGGGAAAAAUCCUACAAAUGUAAUCAAUGUGAUAAAGCCUUUUCACAACAAAAUAGUCUCCAAAUACAUAGAAGAACACAUUCUGGAGAGAAACCCUACAAAUGCAGUCAAUGUGAUAAAGCCUUUUCACAACACAAUAGUCUCCAAAUUCAUAGAAGAACACAUACUGGAGAGAAACCCUACAAAUGCAAUCAAUGUGAGAAAGCCUUUUCACAACACAAUAGUCUCCAAAUACAUAGAAGAACACAUACUGGAGAGAAACCCUACAAAUGCAAUCAAUGUGAGAAAGCCUUUUCACAACACAAUAGUCUCCAAAUACAUAGAAGAACACAUACUGGAGAGAAACCCUACAAAUGCAAUCAAUGUGAGAAAGCCUUUUCACAACACAAUAGUCUCCAAAUACAUGAAAGAACACAUUCUGGAGAGAAACCCUACAAAUGCAAUCAAUGUGAUAAAGCCUUUUCAGGACACAGUAAUCUUCAAAUGCAUAAAAGAUCUCAUUCUAGGGAGAAACCCUACAAAUGCAAUCAAUGUGAGAAAGCCUUUUCACAACACAAUAAUCUCCAAAUACAUAGAAGAACACAUUCUGGAGAGAAACCCUACAAAUGUAAUCAAUGUGAGAAAGCCUUUUCACAACACAAUAGUCUCCAAAUACAUAGAAGAACACAUACUGGAGAGAAACCCUACAAAUGCAGUCAAUGUGAUAAAGCCUUUUCAGGACUCAGCAAUCUUCACACACAUAAAAGGACACAUUCUGGAGAGAAACCCUAUGAAUGCACACAAUGUGGUAAAGCCUUUUCACGACACAGUCUUCUCCAAAUACAUGAAAGAAUACAUACUGGAGAGAAACCCUUCAAAUAUAAUCAAUGUAAUAAAGCCUCUGCAUAUGCCAGUAAUCUCAGAGUACAUGAAAGAACACAUACAGCAGAGAAACCCUACAAAUGUAAUCAAUGUGAUAAAGCCUUUUCACUACGCAGUCUUCUCCGAAGGCAUGAAAGAACACAUACUGGAGAGAAACCCUACAAAUGUAAUGAAUGUGAUAAAGCCUUUACAUACGCCUUUAAUCUCAGAGCACAUAAAAGAACACAUACUGGUGAGAAGCCAUACAAAUGUAGUCAGUGUGGUAAAGCCUUUUCACGACACAGCCAUCUCCAGAUACAUAGAAGAACACAUUCUGGAGAGAAACCCUACAAAUGCAAUCAAUGUGAUAAAGCCUUUUCACAACACAGUCUUCUCCAAAGACAUAAAAGAACACAUACUGCAGAGAAACCCUACAAAUGUCAUCAAUGUGAUAAAGUCUUUUCAGGACCCACUAAUCUCCAAAUGCAUAAAGGAACACAUGCUGGAGAGAAACCCUACAAAUGUAAUCAAUGUGAUAAAGCCUUUUCACGAGUCAGUCGUCUCAAAAUACAUAAAAGAACACAUACUGGAGAGAAACCAUAUGAAUGUAAUCAAUGUGGUAAAGCCUUUGUAUGUGUAAGUACUCUCCAAAUACAUAAAAGAACACAUACUGGAGAGAAACCCUACAAAUGUAAUCAGUGUGACAAAGCCUUUUCCCGACAAUGUUAUCUCCAAGUGCAUAA